CGUCUCGGCACGCACUGGUGCGCCCGCGCGCCGUCGCCGUCUAGCCCAGCCUGUCGCGCCUUGGCUCUGCCCGCGCUCCCGCCCCUACAAAUUCCUCCACUCAACCAGCCCCUCUCCGCCAACUCUCUCGCGCACACUGAACGAGUGACCCAAGCGUGCCGUCUUAUCUCUCCUCCUGUAUUGUAUACAUGGACCGCUACAGAGUGGCGCCGGCGCGGCCUGUCUUCCUCUCCGGCCACCUGCAGCCCGCGGCUGCCACCCGGCGCUCGGGCGGCGCCGAGCGGGAGCUCGACAUCUUCACGGCCGAUCGCUACUUCAACGCCGCGGACGCCGUCAAGUACAGCGCCGCCGCGGUCCAUGCGGACGACCCGCCGCGCCAGCUGCCCGUCGCUGCCGUGGAUGCGGCGGCAAGCCAGAGCAGCCUCACCGCGGCGUCGUCCGAGGUGAGCUGGAACAGCCGCUCCGGGCUGCUCGCCAGCAACCAGUCGCCGUCGGCGGCUAGGCAGCACGACAAGGGCUAUGGCGGUGGCGUCAACGGCGUCGUCGUCCUAGAUACGAGGGACGAUCGGUAUCACCGCGGCGGCAAGAAGCCUGCCGCCGCCGGCUUCGGGCAGCGCUGGGGGAUCUUCAGCCGGGACUGCCCCUGCGCCGGCAGGAAGGCCGUCACCGUCGACGUCGCCUCCGAGCCGACCACCCCGAGGGUCCACGCGAGGUUCGACGCCAGGGAGGAGAGCGCCGUCUUUAAGGCCAACGGGCUGCCUCCUCCGUCUACAAACGACGAGCCCGGCGUGAUGAAGAUUUUUACGACGGGGAGCUGCGCGUUCCCGCUUCGCGCCAACAACAACAUCCUCGCUCCGGCUACAGAUCAUGGGACCAGCGCUUCUUUCCCCGCAUUCCCGCCCGACGUAGGCCGCCGCGUGGUGAGCUCUGGCGGAUUCACCUUCCCGGUGAUCAGCCCGUCCAAGGCCAUCAGCAGCAGCGUCGUCGACGAGCCGCCGCGCGAGUCGCUGGAGGUGUUCCGUCCCAUCGACGAGGACUCGGUGGUGCUCGUGGACCCGCCGCCACCCCUAGCCGCGGCCGCUUUUCUGCGCGCGCCGGCGGUAGUGUCGGCCAUGGACGACGACGCGAUGAGCGACGCGAGCUCCGACCUGUUCGACCUGGAGAGCUUCGCGGCGUCAUCGUCGUACCCGACCACGUACCGUGGUCGCAGUAGCCGGCGCAACUCGGGGGACGACGACCUGGAGUACGCCACCGCGGCCGCGGAGCCAGCGCUGAGCGAGUGCAUGUACGCGCCGAGCGAGGCGAGCGUGGUGUGGAGCGUGGCCACGGCCGAGGGCGUGGCCUACGACACCGGCAGCGUGGCCAACUUCUCGAGCGCGGCGUCCGCGUGCGGCGUCGACGAGUUCCGGUUCGUCCCGCCCGGGUCCGCCGCCGGCCACGACGGCUUCACCGCCGCCAUGUCCCGAAGCGCCGGCCGCAAGAAAGGCGGCGGGUUCUUGGACAGCUGCCGGUGCGAGAAGGCCGUGAGCGUCGGGCCGACCCCGGUCCGUGUGGCCCGCCCGCCGGCGGUCCCGGCCAAGACGGCGAUGGGGCCUGAAAGCGGCGGCGUCGCGCGGUACCACAACCGCCGCGUCCACAUGCCGGUUCGGUCGUGAUCGAUGCGCGCGCUCCCCGUCUGGCGCCUAUUACUAUUAGCCUAUACGAAAGUACAGUACGGUACAUAAUUCUCUUGUUUGUUCCAGGUACGUACAAGGUGUCGUUGGCACGUACACUUGCACGCGUGCGUGCAUGACGAUGACGUCGUCAACUACUGUAAUUAGUUACUCCUAUCGUGAAGAAAAACGUGCUGCCGCAUGUAUGAUGUAUCGAUCUUAGUAUGUGUUAUGUCAGCGAUCA